UUGUGUCAAUCAUUUUUUUCCUCCCCCCCCAGUCAAGCUCCUCUCUCAAGUACAUCUUUCAAUCGCCAUAUUGGGUGCUGAGAAGGUUUGUUUGCUGUUUCUCCCACUACGGACGAAAUUGACAGAGCGGCUUCAGUUCCUGUGCACUUUGUUUUGAUGAUCCGCGGAGACAGCUUUGGGCUUCACGACACCGCGGCCGUUACCGUCUCCAGCUCGACGGGAAAAUGUCAGAUGUUCGACUAUCAAACGGGAGCCCGACGUUGGAGCGGACGGACUCCCGGGUCUCAGAUCACCCGAAACCGUCAGCCUGCAGAAGCCUCUUCGGCUCGGUGGACCACGAAGAGUUAAAGAGGGAUUUAAAGGGACAUUUGCGGGAGAUGGAAGAGGCUGCCACCGCCAAGUGGGGCUUCGACUUCGCCAAUCACACGCCGCUGGCCAACGGCAGACUCGAGUGGGAAUUAGUGGAUUGCAGAGACGUGCCGAAUUUCUACAACGGGCAGACGCGGAGGGAGAAGGGUGUCUGCUCUGCUGGGAUUAGCGUGGAUCUUAAUGGGAAUCAUAACUGUGUUGUGGUGGCUCCGAGCGAAGACAGCGACAGGUCUGACGGGCAGAUGGAGUGCACGGAGCAGUGCCCCGGGCUGAGGAAAAGACCUGCAUGUCACGAGCCCUCGGCCCAACAUAAGAGGUCACACACCAGCUCAGAUGAGGUUAGUUGUCCAAGCCUGAGCCACUCUGCAGAACGCACACCCAGAAAGACCAGUCCCAAGAGGCAAACGUGAGGACCAGAACACGAGCCGAAGAUGUAUUUCCCCUUUUUACGUGGGAAACCUCAGUGUUGGCCGAUUUUUAUUAUUUCUGGGGGUUUUUUUUUUUUUUUUUUUUUUUCUUUUUUUUUUCUGAAGAGGAACUACACAGCAUCAGAAACAUAUCAGCUCUCCUGAAGACGGGGGAGGACGCUGUUGAAGCACUGAAUAGAAACACUAAAGUUGUGGCACUCAAUUAAAAAGUUACUGCCUCUAAAAGCAGUUAAUGUAGCAGUGUGCAAUUAGGUUUGAUUUCCUUUUUUGCUCCUUUUUUACUACCUGUGUGUAAAUAAAUAUACAUAUUAUAUUAUAUUUCUCUCCAUAUGUAGCACAUAAGAAAAGCGUUAUGAUUUGAACACAAAUCCUUUUAUGUAAAAAGGUGUGAAUUUUGAUUUGACUUGAAGAAUUGCAGUGUAGUUUGAUACAUGUUUCCAAAAUGCUGUUCUGUUUCUUUGUUAUUUUAUUUUCCGAAAGGCAGUGUGACUUUGACAAAGUCCCUAAUUGCUACAUUUAAAACAAAAUCACGGUUUCUUAACAGUGUAUCUUCACUCCGUCAUCUUCCUAACUCAGCAGUGAAGAACGGUACAAAUGUAGCUCAUCUUUUAUUUUUCCUUCCUCUGGUCACUUCAGUGUCACCAAGUGCAGGUUCUCCAAGAUCAAGUUUCCCCAGGAAAUCAAUGCAGGAAAUAAAAAAUGUAAUAUUUCUGUUAGGACUUCCUUUACAUCACCCAAUAUUUAUUUUGUGAUAGGUGCCUUUAGCAUCAGUUGAAUCAUGGAAUAUGAUUUUUUUUUUUUUUUUUUUUUUUUUUUUUUUUUCUCAAGUUCUCCUGAACACCUCAGCCACAUUGUAUUGGUGUGUUUGAUUUUUUUUCUCUGGAGUUGUGAGGUACUCAGAUAUUGAAGGACAAUGAAGACCAUACAAAACUGCACAGGUUGUGUUGUAAAGUCAUCCUCUCUUUGACUAUCUUCCUUUUUGUUUCAUCAGCCUUAAUGCUCUUCAGAGAGGAUGUUUUCUGAAAAGGGUUGAAUGUCCUACAAUACCAAAUACAUGGUUGCUUCAGUAUGGUUGCCAGCACCACCUGUGCUCCUUAAUUGACUUCACAUCGUAUUACUUUGUGAUAACCUUGACUUAAAUUUCCAUGUAUGUUUGUGCUUUUUUUUCUUCUUUUUUUUUCACCAAUGUUGUUAGCCUGCUGAGGAUGCAGAUGUGAGCAUCUAAAAGCUUCCCUUUAUUUGUGUGUGGGUAAGUGUGUAAGUGUGGGUUAUAUUCAAAGAGACCAGUGUACACCUGGAUGGAGAGAGAAAAAGCUUGUCUCAUAAAUGCAGUCACCAUGCCUGUGUAUUUGUGUAAAUCUUUGCAAUGUACCUAUGUACAUAAUUUUGUAAAAACACUGAGAAAUUAUACUAACUUAUUUAUGUCAAGCUUUUUUUAAUGUAGAAUAAAAAAAUGGGGUUUUGAUUACAGUUAUCCAAAGUGGCAUUUACUUUAUUAUAAUUGUCUUAUUUUGUAAAAGCAUAUUUUUGGUAGUUUUUUUUUUUUUUUUUUUCUUAUAAGGUUGCAAACUGAGCCUGAUAAAAUAUUUGAUGUGCAUUUUGUAAUGUGUGGUUAUAAAAUGUGUUGCAAUCAAUUAAAAGAGAAAAUUAAAUCUC